UGGGAGGUGGUCACGGUGGAGGAGACCCCACCACCACUGCCACUCGAGUAGGCAAUGAGGAGCACCACGAGCACAGGAUGCUACUUCUGCUGACCCUCCAAAAAUACUCUGCAUAAACCUUCAAGAAACAUCCUUGGCCACUGUAUCACCUGCUGACAGAUUUCAUGUCCUGGUCUCCUUCUAAACCUGGAGGUGGGGCAUGAACAGGGUGGAGUCACCAGGGAAAGAAAACGAGGCCCCAGGACACCUGGGUUCAUACCCAGGUCCCCAGCAAUGUCUCCACUACCACUGCUGCUACCCCUGCUGCUGCUGCUGCUGCCUCUGCUGAAUAUGGAGCCUGCCAGGGCCACACUGAUCCGCAUCCCUCUUCAUCGAGUCCAACCUGAACGCAGGACCCUGAACCUACUGAGGGGACGGAGAGAACCAGCAGAGGUCCCCAAGUUGGGGGCCCCAUCCCCUGGGGACAAGCUUACCUUUGUACCUCUCUCGAACUACAGGGAUGUCCAGUAUUUUGGGAAAAUUGGGCUGGGAACGCCUCCACAAAACUUCACUGUCGUCUUUGACACUGGCUCCUCCAAUCUCUGGGUCCCGUCCAGGAGAUGUCACUUCUUCAGUGUGCCCUGCUGGUUACACCACCGAUUUGAUCCCAAAGCCUCCAGUUCCUUCCAGGCCAAUGGCACCAAGUUUGCCAUUCAAUAUGGAACUGGGCGAGUAGAUGGAAUCCUGAGUGAAGACAAGCUGACUAUUGGUGGAAUCAAGGGUACAUCAGUGAUUUUCGGAGAGGCUCUCUGGGAGCCCGGCCUGGUCUUCACUUUUGCCCAUUUUGAUGGGAUAUUGGGCCUCGGUUUUCCCAUUCUGUCUGUGGAAGGAGUUCGGCCCCCGAUGGAUGUACUGGUAGAGCAGGGGCUACUGGAUAAGCCUGUCUUCUCCUUUUAUCUCAACAGGGACCCCGAAGAGCCUGAUGGAGGAGAGCUGGUCCUGGGGGGCUCAGACCCGGCACACUAUAUCCCACCCCUCACCUUCGUGCCAGUCACAGUCCCUGCCUACUGGCAGAUCCACAUGGAGCGUGUGAAGGUGGGCCCAGGGCUGACUCUCUGUGUCCGGGGCUGUGCUGCCAUCCUGGAUACGGGCACGUCCCUCAUCACAGGACCCACUGAGGAGAUCCGGGCCCUGCAUGCAGCCAUUGGGGGAUAUCCCUUGCUGGCUGGGGAGGUGAGUACAUCAUCCUGUGCUCGGAGAUCCCAAAGCUCCCCGCAGUCUCCUUCCUUCUUGGCGGGGUCUGGUUUAACCUCACGGCCCAGGAUUACGUCAUUCAGACUACUCGAAAUGGCGUCCGCCUCUGCUUGUCCGGUUUCCAGGCCUUGGAUGUCCCUCCGCCUGCAGGGCCCUUCUGGAUCCUCGGUGAUGUCUUCUUGGGGACGUAUGUGGCCGUUUUCGACCGCGGGGACACGAAGAGCAGUGCCCGGGUGGGCCUAGCGCGCGCUCGCACUCGCCGAGCCGCCCUGGUAUGGGGCGAGACCGCGCAGGCGCAGUUCCCCGGGUGACGCCCACGUGAAGCGCAUGCGCAGUGGGUGGUCGCUGAGGUCCCGCUGCCCAGUAAAAAUCCACUAUUUCCAUUGAGCGA